AUGAACAACAACAACAACACAACAAGAAACGGUAACAGCACCACUCAAGCUUGUGCUGCAUGCAAACACCAACGUAGAAAGUGUGCACCUGAUUGCAUUCUUGCACCUUAUUUUCCUCACGAUCGCCAACCCCAAUUCCUUAAUGCCCAUAAAUUAUUUGGUGUCAGCAACAUCGUCAAAAUCAUCAAAUUCCUUGAUCCCCACGAUAAGGACCAAGCCAUGCGCACCAUCAUUUACCAAUCUGAUAUGAGAGCCAACGAUCCUGUUGGUGGUUGCUAUAGGUACAUUCAAGAUCUUCAAGCCCAGAUUGAAUACUAUAGGGCUGAACUUGAACUUGUUCUUCAACAACUCGCUAUUUUUAGAGCCCAGGCUCAUCACCAACAACAACAUGGUAUGUAUGCUCCAACAACAAACAAUGUUAAUGUCUCUGUCAAUGGAGAUGGUGAAGUUAUAAAUGGUGAUCCAUUGAGCUUGUAUAACCAGCCACCUGUUGUUUCUAGUAAGCCUCAUUAUCAGUAUCUGCCACAACAGGAGCAGUAUGUUAUGAUGCAUGAAAUUGAUAAUAGUAGCCAAAACAGCAACGCCAACCUUUUGCAGGAGCAUAUUAAUACAUGGGCCAUGCAGAAUUCCAUGUCCCUUUCAUCUUUGUCAUUGCAAGGCCAGAGUAGUAAUGUUAGUGAUGAGUAUGAUCACAAGCCAGUGCUUGAUUUGCAUUCUGAUGAAAGGAGUGAAUUAGGAUUCGACUCUGAAGAAUUAGUCCAUCGCAGUGAUGAAGCAGUCUUGUUUAAGAUAGAUGACGCAGUAAUAAAAGCUGAGGCUGAUUGCAUCCAACAAGCUCAAGACCAUGAUCUGAAAGGUGCUGCAACUUUGUUUACUCUCACAAAUUGAACUAGCUGA